AGUGAUUGGUGUUCAUGGUUGUUUUGGGUACACCAGCAGCAUAGAUAUGGCACUGCAGUUGGUGCUUUUGUACAUUAUUGCGGCAUUGGCAUUGGCCGCCUUGGUGUGCGUACGGUGGAAGCGACGGAAACUGUAUGCUGCGGCGGCAACCAUGGAUGGGCCACCGUGCUUGCCGCUGCUUGGUCAUGUGUAUCUAAUCUUCGGGAAAAGUAGUGGAGAAGACAUUUUGCAAGUAUUGGACCGAUAUGCUCCCAGAUAUAAGUCUCCAAUCGGCAUUUGGAUGGGACCACAACUGGUAGUUGGCAUCAAGGACAAUCCCGAUUACUUCCAAACGGUCAUGAAUUCUCCGCACAUGCUAAAUAAGAUGGAUCAGUAUAACUUUUUCCGGAUUGUUAAUGGUCUUUUCGCUGCCCCAGAUCACGCAUGGAAAAGUGAGAGGAAGCUGCUCAACCGAUCGUUUAACCCGACGAUGCUGUCCAGCUUUGUCGAUACAUUCAAUGACAAAGACUUCAUCAUGGUGGAAAACCUUCGCAAAUUUGUUGGAAACGGAGAAAUUGAUCUACAUUUGUACAUUGCCAAAUGUACAAUCGACUCUAUUUUUGGAACUGCUUUUGGUAAGGAUCUCAACACGCAAGGACAUGACGGUGCUGAUGAAUAUCUCCAUUGCUUGGACACAUUUUUCUCGCUAGUGUUCAAGCGUAUGCUGCACGUAGAACGCUAUCCGGAGCGAAUCUAUCGCCUGACAAAGGACUUUGAAAUCGAAUCCCACUGUGUAAACAUCAUUAGAAACAUGUCGCUCGAUCUAAUGAAAGAUUUAAAAGAAAAAUCCAAGCAAACCAAGGCUACAUCGAAGGAAGACACAUUCGAAGGCAAACCGGCACUUAAUUUUGCAGAAAAUCUUUUCGAAUUAGCAGAGAACAAUCCUUCGUUAACUGACGAGCACAUCAAGGAUCAUGUAGAUACCAUGAUUGUGGCUGGUCACGAUACAACCGCUACUACUAUGUCUAAUUUGCUGCUUAUGCUUGCCAUGCAUCCGGAGGUGCAGGAGAUGGUUUACCAGGAGGUGAUGAGUGUGUGUCCAGACAAAACAAAACCAGUGACAAUGGAGGAUGCUAACAAUCUUGUCUACACGGAGAUGGUGUGCAAAGAAACGAUGCGGCUAUUUCCCGUGGGCCCUUUGAUAGGGAGGAAAUGUGUUGCGGACGUCAAAUUGGAUGACAAACACACUAUUCCUGCCGGCUGCUGUGUGGCACUGGGAAUCUACCAAAUACAUCGCGAUCCUUCCAUCUGGGGACCAGAGGCAGAAAAAUUCAACCCCGAUCACUUCCUUCCAGAAAAGGUUGCAGAAAGACACCCAUAUGCCUAUCUACCGUUCAGUGGAGGACCACGAAAUUGUAUCGGUAUCCGUUACGCCUGGCUGUCGAUGAAGAUUCUUAUUGCUCACCUCGUACGAAACUACCGCUUUAAAACUACGCUCAAGAUGGAGGAUCUAGUUAUUAAGUUCGCUAUCAUACUUAGAAUUACUAACGGGUGCCUUGUGUCGAUAGAGGAUCGUAGUUGUAGUCCUGUGUAAUUAUUGAUCUUACUCAUGAAAACUGUUCAAAG